CGUAAUAACAAAGGUGUUUGGUCUUCGAUAAACAUGUCGGCGGUGAAAUCAUUGAAUCCAAAAGCUGAAGUAGCUAGAGCUGCCCAAGCUCUGGCGGUCAAUGUUAGCGCAGCAAAAGGUUUACAGGAUGUACUACGAAGUAAUCUUGGUCCUAAAGGGACCAUGAAGAUGUUGGUUUCUGGAGCAGGAGACAUAAAACUGACAAAAGAUGGAAAUGUCUUGCUUCAUGAAAUGCAAAUCCAACAUCCGACUGCUUCUUUGAUAGCUCGUGUCGCAACAGCGCAGGAUGACAUCACUGGAGAUGGGACGACGUCAAACGUUCUCAUAAUUGGAGAGCUGCUCAAGCAAGCAGAUCUUUACAUUGCUGAGGGUCUUCAUCCUCGACUAAUCACUGAAGGAUUUGAACUGGCCAGAAACAAAGCUUUAGAGGUGCUGGAUGAGGUGAAGAUAUCUCGUGAGAUUGACCGCGACACGCUGAUCCAGGUGGCCAGGACAUCACUGAGGACCAAGGUGCACCAGGAUCUUGCUGAUCUACUUACCGAGCAUGUUGUGGAUGCCGUUCUCGCGAUUCGCAAGCCUAACGAAGCGAUUGAUCUACACAUGGUGGAAAUCAUGGAGAUGCAACACAAGACUGACAUGGACACAACACUGGUUCGCGGCAUUGUGAUGGACCAUGGUGCCCGCCACCCCGAUAUGAAGAAGAGGGUAGAGGACGCGUAUAUUCUGACGUGUAACAUCUCACUGGAAUACGAGAAAACCGAGGUGAACUCUGGUUUCUUCUACAAGAGUGCUAAUGAACGGGAGAAGCUGGUGGAAGCCGAGAGAAAGUUCAUCGACGACCGAGUGAGGAAAAUCAUCGACCUCAAGAAGAAGGUGUGCAAGGGAAAUGACAAAGGUUUUGUUGUCAUCAACCAGAAGGGGGUAGAUCCACUUUCCCUGGACAUGCUGGCCAAGGAAGGAAUUGUAGCACUGAGACGGGCAAAGAGGCGCAACAUGGAAAGACUGGGCCUUGCUUGUGGUGGAAUGGCCUGCAACUCUGUUGAUGAUUUGAUUCCGGAAUACCUUGGUUAUGCUGGUUUGGUUUAUGAGCAGGUUUUGGGUGAGAGCAAGUACACGUUUGUUGAGGACUGUAAGAACCCAUUGUCUGUGACCAUCCUGAUAAAAGGGCCCAACAAGCACACCAUCACUCAGAUCAAGGACGCCAUUCGCGAUGGCCUCAGGGCAGUGAAAAACGCCAUUGAAGAUAACUGCGUACUGCCUGGAGCGGGAUCGUUUGAGAUUGCAGCUUACCAGGAACUGAUGAAGUACAAAGACACUGUCAAGGGCAGAGCCAGAUUAGGAAUCCAGGCAUUUGCAGAAGCGUUGUUGAUUAUAGUGAAGGUUCUCGCUCAGAAUUCUGGGCUGGAUCCACAGGAGGCGAUAGUCAAACUUCAGCAGGAGUACAUCGGUCCAUCUCAGGCGGUUGGCUUAGAUAUUAAAACUGGUGAAGCAAUGGUCCCAGUUGAUGCCGGAAUACUAGACAACUAUCGAGUCAAGAAACAACUUUUACAUUCAUGUACUGUGAUCUCAACCAACCUGCUACUAGUGGACGAGAUAAUGCGAGCCGGCAUGUCAUCACUCAAGGGAGAUUAACAGAAAAUCCACCCUCUCGCUUCUUGUGUGUCCUUGUGAACCCAACUAACAUUGAAGUCUGCAUUUUGUUGUUUUUCUAUUCUGUUCAUUAAGGAUGGCCCACUGUAAAACGUGACACAUGACGCAAAGAAGUAAAACCAUUUUGUGUGACUUGUCUGCUUGUUUCAAAUUUUCUUUCAUUAAAACUUCUUUUCUGAAAA